AUGUUUAACCACAUUUACGGCUCACCUUUUCCUACGAUUAAUCCUCGAGUCAGGUACAAGACUGCGCUUGAGAGAGCUGGUUUUGAUGUUAAUUACGAUGGCAAUAAAUUUGACAAACCGCCUUCAAUCAGAGGAUUGGGACGUAGAAACGUGUCAACAGGAAACUUAAAUGAACCGUUAGAACCACCAAAAAGAUCUCCAUCUAGAGUCAAUUCAUUACCUGAAAACAGAGCAGAACAAUCACAACCACAACCACAACCACCACCACAACUUAUUGUCCCCCCAUCGCCCGCCAAAACAACAAACGAUGUUCCUGGUAGCCCCACUCAACAACAGCGUCCGAGACCACCACCUCCUACACAACCACAACAGGCCCCGGCCAGCUCGCCUGCACCAAAUCCAGUAGAACUACCAUUGUCAGCAUCGGCAAAGUCACAGGUGCCAGCCUCACAGGCGGAUUCACAAGCGGACACGCAAGCCGCACCGGGGAACCCUUCUCAAGGCGACCCUAUAGAAAAAUCGUUUAUGCUAUUAACUCGAAGCGAUACAGCCAGUACCAUUGAUCAAUCUGCUAAUACUUCAAGAUUUAGUUCCCAAGAAUUUCCCCGUGAUACUGAUUCAUCACGAGUUUCUGAACGAAGUAGUAAACCAUCGAGUAAGGAAUUUGCACCAUUUGUAGACGCUCCAAGCAAUGUACCAGACCCGGAUCCAGUACCAUCAGAUACUGACGACCGUGAUGAUGAUAGUGUUAACAUUGAACCUGAACCUGAACUACAAGUUAGUCUAGAAAGUGGGAAUAAAAGGGCAACCGCAACCACAGGUGAAAUUGAUGAAGAAGAAGAAAUUUCACCAUUAAAUGUAACGAGCCCACCAAGACACAUUAAUAAACCUUCGCACUACAGUCAUCAUCUAUCGCAAAAUCCCGAGCUAAAUGCAGCUAAUGCUCAAGUGGAAAAAUUAAUUGCACAAUUGGACGACGUUUCCUUAUCAAAGACUGCACAAUUGACCAAUAUGUCCAAGGAACCGUCUCUACCGCGAUUGCAAACCGACGUCGGCAAUAGCAAAUUUAAAAAUUCAAGCGCUUAUCUGUCAGGAUUUCAACCGCCAUACAUCUCUCCCCCCAUUGAACAAUCUAUCAUGCAGGAUGACGUGCCAAGCGAAAUUGGUUCUCCGAUGACUGCAGAUACACCAAUGUUCUACAAUUUCCAAAAGACAGUACAACACGAAUUUACUCCACAGGUGGAGGAUUCACCACAGAUAGAACCAUCGAAACUCAUGCAAGUACCACCUUCAAAAUCACAAGAGCGUGUCGUAGAUCCGACACCAAAUCUAGAAUUCAAGUACCCGCCAGGUACAGGACCCUGCAGAAAAUGCGGCAUCGAACCGACGGGCAAACGUAUGUAUUCUAAAAAGGAUGACGAACUCUCAGGACAAUGGCAUAGAGACUGUUUCCGUUGUCUAACGUGUAACAUUCGCUUCAACAAAAGCAUACCAUGCUACAUUCUAGAUGACAAGCCAUACUGCAGGCGGCAUUACCACGAGGAAAAUUCAAGUAUUUGCCAAACUUGCAGAGAAUUCAUUGAAGGUGAAUGCGUUGAAAACGACCGCAUGGAAAGGUUCCAUAUCGACUGUUUGGUUUGCUUUUUAUGCAGAGAACCAAUUACAAAUGACUAUCUCAUCUUCAAUGAAGAACUACCGCUUUGUAGCAAUCACGAUAUGGAAUCUCUUCCGACCGAACUGCUAGAGACUGAUCCUUCCGCUAUAUCCAAGAGAAGAACAAUGCUAGUUAAUUUUUCAAAGGAAUAG